UCCAGCUGUCUCAUUCUCUUAUUCCCUCUUCCCACUCUCUGUUUUUUCCUCCUCCUCUUCAGCUCCCAUUCUAUUUCUCUCACAUACAUUCAUGCAGAUGCUCACUCUCGUACUCUCUCUCUCUCUUCCUCUUUCUCUUCUACCUCUCUUCUUCUCCGCGCAUCCACAGUCAGCUGUGGUCGAGCAGCCUCCCUCAGCAGCCUGUGGAUCCCUUCACUUGAUUAAUUAUCCUUGAAGUGCUGUUGAAGAUCAUCAUAUUUAGCUUAGCGACCCAGCGGCAGAGUGCAGACAGAUAUAGACUCGGCUGGCUGGAGGCUGGCAGUGUGGCAAGCUCUCUCUAUCUCUCUCUAUUCACACUCAGUGCCGCGGGGCUUCUCGGUGGCGGAAGUGAGGGGCUGGUUUUUGCCGUGAAAGAGACGUGAAGGGGGCAAAGAGAAAGAGACAAGGCUGGGAGCAGAAAGCAAGCGAGGAAUGGAAGUCUGUUGCAGGAGCAAACCCUCGUAGAGACGGAGAAUCGGAGGAGGCAGCAGUCACUGUGCAGCAGCAGCAGCACACACACAGAUUUAAGAUGAUUGGCGGUCAGCUGACAGCACCGAGGAGGCCGAUGAGAACCCUUUCUGAAGACUCAAGCCUGCAGAAGACCAGUACCUACAUCGUGCCCUGCUUCCUCAUGGUGGAGCUGGUCAUCAUGGCAGGGACUGUUCUGUUGGCGUACUACUUUGAGUACACGGACACCUUCCCCGUGCACGUCCAGGGCUUCUUCUGCUUCGACAAAGCCUACUCCAAGCCGUACCCGGGUCCUGAGGACGACAGCAAGGCGCCACCCGUCCUCGUCUACUCCCUCGUCACCGCCAUCCCAACUGUGACGAUUCUGAUCGGAGAAGUGACCACUUUCUUUGUGAAGGCGGAGGGAGCUCAGGAGAAGACCAUCGUGACCGCCGACUGCUGUUACUUCAACCCUCUCCUCCGUAGGAUCGUACGCUUUCUGGGUGUAUACUCCUUCGGCCUCUUCACCACCACCAUCUUCGCCAAUGCAGGUCAAGUGGUGACAGGAAACCAGACGCCUCAUUUCCUUUCAGCAUGCAAACCAAACUACACAGCUCUGGGCUGCCAGUCUCCGCUGCAGUACAUCACAGAGCGCCGCGCCUGCACAGGAAACCCAUACCUGGUGGUGUCCGCUCGCAAAUCCUUCCCCUCCAAAGAUGCAGCGCUCAGCUUUUAUUCAGCCGUCUACACCGUGAUGUACGUGACCCUGGUGUUCCGCACCAAAGGGACUCGUCUGACCAAACCCACCCUGUGCCUGGUGCUGCUGUCUCUGGCCGUGCUGGUAGGGGUGAUGAGGGUGACUGAACAUAGAAACCACUGGAAUGACGUCCUGGCUGGGUUUGUCACCGGAGGAGCCAUCGCUGCCUUCUUGGUUUCAUGUGUGAUCAACAAUUUCCAGCCAACCCAGCUUGCGAUGCAUUCUCCUCCGCCUCAACAGCGCCCAGAGCCGUCCAUGGGGCUGCCCCUCCUCACCCUGCCCCGCGUGGAGAGUCCACUCGAAAAGUUCCAGGGGUACCGUAUUCUGAGAUCACAUGACCAUCAGCCAAUCCCGUCCCCCACCCCUCCCGAUGUGCUCCUUCCCUCGCGACGUUGCCUAACCAGCGCAGUUUAGACCUGCCCCCUGAACUACCCCCAUCCUGUCUUGCCCACCCCGACGGACGAAGUGCUCUCCGACGAGUCAAAUCCACACAGGUCUGAAUGUCCAACCAAUCACAGGUGGCAGAACCGGCACACGUGCACAUGGUGAGCAUGGCUGGACUCGGUCAUCCCCUAAGGAUCGGUAGACGAUGGAUACAUGUCCUUUUCCGUCCACUUCUGUCUUGUUUGUCCUCCAAGAUGGCCUCCUCUUUCUUUCAGGUGAAAACGACCCGAUGAAAGACUAAUCAAAGCCAGAGCUGUUGAAGCAAUACUGUGUCCUGUUUCCUUAUCCUGUUGUCCAAAACGAGACCGAACAGUGACUAUCGAGACUGUUGGCUGGGAAUGACUUGAUGAAACACUCGAUCAAUUCAAACACUCAGCAGCAGUGUGGGUAUUUUAUUGAUCAAAGAAAAUCUCAAGCACUGGAUGAUCGUCCUCAAAAGACCCUUUUGUAACACUCAGGACAUAAAAUGAGGGGAAAAGGACUUAAGGAUUCAAAAACUUUAAGUCAUCUAAUGCCGGUACUGUCGAGUAUCAUAGCACAGAUCCUUUCUGUCCUCAAAGCUAAGAAGAGAAGCCGUCGAAGAAGAAAGCACUUUUGGGACAAAGAGCACAGAAGAACUUUUGAAGCGUUCAGUAAACUGUGUUUGUAUCUAAUUUGAUUUGGGGGGGGAGAUAUCAUUAUGAUCUCGCUGUAUAUUGUGUGAAGCGACAGAAGAGGGAAGUAUACACACAAGUGCUGUGCUUGUGACACUCAUGUGUCUCGGGGGAUCAGAUAAGUCAUCCCCUUCAGUGAAGUGAAGUGAACUACAUUUCCAUAUACUUACUAUUCAGGUGUGUGUUUCUAAAUGUCUGGAGGUUUCCGUCCAUGCUGUGAAAUAUUGGGAAAGUUGUUUUUCCUAUCAUCUGUAUUCAUUUACACUAAACUCUUACUUUGUCUUUUCUGUUAACACCUUCAGUACCUAUCACCUGCUCUUUAUUUAUUUUACACUUAAAUCUGUGUUUUUAUGGAUUUAUGGAGAAGUAUUCAUCUUCUUGACAUGGUGGCUAUUUUCCUCUGACGUCGUGCAGGAAGCUCGAAUGCUGCUGUUAUUUGUCGUUAGUAAAGAGUCCGAUAUGAUACAAUGUGAUACCACCCAAUACCAUACUAAACGAUACACUAUGAUAUACUCUAUGGUCCACAAAGGGAAAUGGUACUUGGGUUUUAAUACUGCACACAUAUAGCAGAUUCUACAGUAGUCUUAAUAAGUCAAAAACGGGGGCGUCGGUACUGUAUUGAUUAGUGCCCACGCCCCAUGUACACAGAGGUGCUGCUUGUCAACAGGCAAGGCAGGCCCCCAAGGGAAAGCUUUACACAACAGCAGUGGCUCAAAAUGUGCAAAUGUUCCAAUGAGAGUAGGAAAACUCUGAAACGGGGCCCCAUCUGACAGCGCUCACUCUCAUUGCCCUGCUAAAGUGUAGCAUGCCUUAUUGAUUCGAAAAACCAAAGUUUGUCAGUGGAAGUGAGCGAAGGAAAUGGAAGAGGAGUUAUCCGUCUAAAGGAGAACGAGUAUGGGUCGGGAUACUAGCAGGCAUGUCAGUGAUAAACGCUGGUUGGAGGGGGCCCCCAAUUCAUUUUUGCCAGGGCUCCAACAGAAUCUAGAAUCGCCCAGCAUGUACAGAGGCUAUAGUCCUCAAAGCUGUCGGCCCAGGUUCCAAUCCCACUCUCUCUCUCUCUCUC